UAACAAUUAGACCGCGUGGACAAUUCACCGCGGCCAAUCGCGCAGCCAAUGGACGUUAUCCGUCUCACGACGGAUAACAAACAUCUCGGAGAUCUCACGCCGCGUAUCGAUCGACGCAUCGACCGCGUCGCAACUGGAUCGCAACCGACCGAUCCGAAGAAUUCGGAAACAUCGGAGGCUUAAAAUCGUAUCGACCGCGUAACGGCGUAACUGGCCGCGAGGAACUUUGCCAUUUGAGAGACUUAAUUUGUGUCUACGCGACAUAGCGUACAACCAGAGGUUGUAGGCGGCGUAAUAACUCAUUAAGCGAAAUUGGCCAUGUUUCCGAUGCCGUUUCUCGGGCCAUCCUAUGUAUAGGGUGCUCGCGCGCGCUCGAGGUGUGCGCUGAGUCAGCUCCUAACACAGAGGGUGUUAGUUAGAAUUAUUAUUUCUGCCGGGGAGCCUGUCAGUGUGCAUCGCAGAUGAAUGGGACAACAAACAACGCCGUUACCGCGUUACCGCGUUACCGCGUUACUUGCGUUAUCAUUUGCUAAAGAUUGCUUGUGCUGACAAACGUGAGUUAAUUCUGUCGGAAAGUUUAUGCGCCGAGGAUGCGCCGAAGAACGCUUCGGGUACGGGGACGAGUAUUUUCAUUUCGAGAAUAUGACGCACAACGUACAACAUUCUUCAUAUUCUCCGACGCGACAAUCAAUUGAGUACACGCCGAGCAUUUUGCCUGAAAAAAUGAAAAAAUGAAGGAAGAUAAGAUCGGAAGUAGUAAGGAAAGGAAGAGUAGUAGUAGUGUGGCCGCGAUCGAGUGCGACAAUUCUGAAAGACAAUUUUGAAAGAUUCGACUCAAGAGCGAUCGCUCCUACAUAUCUAUAUGUACUAUGUAGUUGAGCCAACAGAGUUGAGCGUUUAUCACCGAACACACACACACACACACAAUUUCGACUUUUUCCGCGCGAACGUUAGAGCCUGGCACUGAUUGCCCAGGUGCCUAUCGAGAGAAUUGCCCUGGGCAAAGUACGUGAAUUUUUAGCUGCGGCUCAUUCCGCCUUCGGCGGGCAAAAUGAGAAAACGUGAGAGCGCGUCGCGACGAAGCGCGAAGAAGCGCGCCGCGAUUUUGCGGAAGUCGCGCUCGUUUAAGGAGCGAUCGCUGAAUGAAAACAAAUGGCGUUUCAUGGACGGUUGAGCUACGUCAGGCUGCGGAUCAUAAAUCCGACGCAUGAAGCGGAAGAGCGUAGGCAUCAUAGCCUUCCGUCGUUCUGAAAGUAGCUGCGGAAACGUACGUUUCAACGAACAAAUUCGUCUCGUGGCCGCUGCUGACGUGAGAACAUAAAACGACGAGCGCGACGGUGUGUAACGGUGAUUUAGGCUUUAACGGUGGUUCUUGCUUCUUGGUGAAUGCGUCGAACCGGUAUGAGUUCGAAGUGAUGAAUUUCGUCUCUGAGGGUGACGCGAGCGAGAAUACGAAUUUCGGUACGUCCGAAAUGGCGGAAUUCACAUGCGACGCGCCGGAGGAGAAGGAAGCCGCUGCGAAAAACGCGACGUCCACUUGCGACAAACGACACUGCAGGGAGAUGCGAAUGGAGAAGUUACCCCCUUACCUUCGGGACAGAGAGAGGAUACUUUAUCCGCGUAACACGAGAACCCUGCCGAAGACACCGGUGAUCGGUGGACAGCCUAUCGAAGAGGAAACAUGUAUGGCUUUGAGAACGUUGGUCUUCGGCUCCUGCGCGACCCCACCUAAGGCCGAAUGGGCAAGAACCGGGCUGACUCUACGACCAUACGGACAAAGUUUGGCCUUUGGACUGAGAGCGCCGAGGAACACAACGAGAGGCCUCGUCACUGCGGUGCAAGCUGUCAUGCUAAAGCACUUUUUAUUCAAAUGCGACAGGCAAGAAUUUCGCACCGGACCCGAGACUCUGCUGAAGCCUUCGUACGAUCGGCAGAUCGAGGUCUUGACUUCCGCGAUAUCAGAGAUCAUUUGGCGUUGCGCCGGCGGCUUCUCUGUGUCCACAUAUCCGAACGUAGUCAGCAACAUCGUGCCAGAGGCCGUGGUGGCUCUGCCACAGGAGACACCGUAUGUUCAGCAUAGCGUGCAAUAUUUCCAGGAUGGAUUAACGGAAACGCUGCACCUCUUCGAGUUCAACUCCUUGGAGAAUCUCGAGAUAUUUAUCAAGAGAUACUUGUACUUGUUUCACGACGAGGGCGGACCCGGUGCAGUGUUGCUACUGUAUAGCGCAGUGCUGUCAAGAGGUCUCUCAAAAGCGCGGAACGAUUUAGAGGAUCCGAAGGCAUCGAUCCUCGGCGGUUGCACGGAGGAAGGUCCGAUUAGCGUCGUCAUCUUCAUUCUGACCGGUCGUGCUUCGCCGCAUCUUCACAAUGGAGUACUUCAUGUUGGCGAUGAAAACACAUACGCUGUGCCACAGUGGGGAGUUCUCAUGAGAAGCGAAGUGGGAUUUUUAGUACACGAAGGCGACAGCGGUGUGAGCAAGCAACUGGGUUCUCGUCUGAAGACACCCAGUCUACCGAUAUGGGUGACUCUCUGCCUCGGCCAUCACGGGGUGCUCUUCAACACAAACCGAGAGUUGUUGAGAAACUAUCACGCGGAAAGACGGUUCGAGAUUCAAUAUUUCACCUGCGGCGGUAGUCACGCUACGUUAACGGUGGACACCAGGGCGAACGAAGCUUCCGGGGCACCAGAUGCUGCUGCAAUAGAAACCGCUGACAUCGCCGCGACACCGUUAGAGAAACUCAUUCGAUCCAAGUGGCAGGAUGCUCUGAUACAAUGGAAUGGAACGCCUGUGAUGUAAAAAUGUACGAGAGGAUGACUGCACACCGGAUCUUUUUCUUCCCGCGUUGAGCGCUCGUGAUCCACAUGAUUCCACGCGACGCUAAUCGAUCAACGUUCCUCUUGUCGAUCACAUUCCGCAUAGUUAAAUCCGUUAAAAGCUUUCAAUUGUGACUUUCAGUGAACGACCGGUAGAAAGUAUUUGUAUCGCAAUAUUACAAACACAGCUGCAUUAUCAAACACACAGUAGAAACUAUUUGAAUUCGCCUAAAUAAAUAUCUACUGAUGCCGUA